GGUAAUGCAGUGUUUCUAGGAAAGGAUGAGUCUCUCCAUGCCACCUGAGAUUUACUGACAUAUGAACACACAUGAUUGGCACGAUUUAAGAACCACUCACCUGCUGGCCAUCUCUCCAAGUCUGGAGCCGGAGAAAAUGAUCUGAAGUUAUAGCAGAAGAAAUUGAGUGUGGAAUCUAUAUGACCCUGGGAGGGAUGUUGGUUGGGAGAAUGACCAGCUGAUGGGGGUGCUGCUAUAAUGAUUGGUGGUAGGAAUGGGCAGCAGUGAGCUGUCUAGUGUGACAAUGUGGGAGAAAACAGUCCAAACUCCUACCAAACUCUCUCUACUGAUGGCAAAUCAGCGGAGAUUCACAUUGUAAGUUUAUGGUGGUCUGGCUUUUGGCCAUGACAUUGACACUUUGCCCUUUUGAUUUGGGGCCCAUAAAAAUAUUCACAUAAGGCUCUCAAGAGGAAAACAGAGUUAGUUAUUGCAUCACUUGCUUCCUCUAGGUGUAUGAAAAAUAAUUUCAAGUUUGACAAAUACAAGGAAACUGCAGGGUCCAUGUGAAAGCUGAUAAGCUAUUUCUGAAACUUGUGCAGAAUUGUGGUUUGUGUGGUCUAUGUCACGGCAUCCUUGAUGGAGAGUGGGCAAUUGCCUGAAGUUAGAGGCUGUGUCCUGAUCUCCAGGCUGCUCCAGGGCUGCCUCCUUCCAACCGGGCCUUCUUAUCUGGGACCCUUGAGGGCUACAGGCCUUCCGAAGACCAGUGAAGAAGGAGGCCCUGCAGACAGGAGGCAGGCAGAAGGCUGACAGGGUGGGGACAAGGCCAUGAUCCCUUUGCAUAAGGACACCCAGGAGGAGGGUGUCUGCCCCAUCUGCCAGGAGAGCCUGAAGGAGGCCGUGAGCACCAAAUGUGGACAUCUCUUCUGUCGAGUGUGCCUGAAACAGCAUGUGGAGAAGGCCUCAGCCUCUGGGGCCAUCUGCUGCCCCCUCUGCCGGAAGCCCUGUUCCGAGGAGGUGCUGGGAACAGGUUAUAUCUGCCUCAACCACCAGAAGAGGGUGUGCAGGUUCUGUGAGGAGAGCAGACUUCUUCUGUGUGUGGAAUGCCUGGUGUCCCCUGAACACACGUCUCAUCGUGAGCUGACCAUUGAAAAUGCCCUCAGUCACUACAAGGAACGACUAAACCGCCGGAGCAGGAAGCUCAGAAAAGACAUCGCAGAACUUCAGCGGUUCAAGGCUCAGGAGGAGGAGAAACUGCAGACUCUGCAGUUUCAGGUAGACUAUGGGAACCACAGGCUGGAGGCUGAGCUGGAGAGCCAGCACCAAACUAGGGAACAGCUGGAUGCCCUCCCUCAGCAGCAGCCAGGCCAGCUGGAGCACAUGCCAACAGAAGUGGCCAGAAUCUCCAAAGCAGUAACUCAGCUCAGCAGCCUGGUCAUUGAUCUGGAGAGGAUGGCCAAGGAGUUAGACACCAACACCCUGAAGAAUGCCGGUGACUUACUGAACAGGAGUGCUCCACAGAAACUAGAGGUUAUUUAUCCCCAGUUGGGGAAAAGAGUCAAUGAAUUGCUUCUUCAGCCAUCCUCAGAAGCUCUGACCUGUUCAUCUCCGGGACACCUCACUUCAGGCUCACCUCAGCCUCCUCUUUCUCCUUCCUCCAACCUGUCCAGGCCCCUGUUAGGUCUACCCAGUGCAUCUUCAGGCCCGCCAGCUCCUGAACAUGUCCCCAUUUCCUCAUGCCCACAGUCAUCACCUGAUGCCUGACACUCUGACUCUUGGAUGACAGACAGCCUCCUUCCAGGACAGGCUCAUGCUUGUGGCUGCCACUGCAGAGGUCAGGGUCCAUGGUCUCCAGGACUAUUUGUGAGAUAUCCAUUUGCCUGUGAACUGAUGGUAGUGCUCUUCUCUCGCACUCUCAUUAAAAUAGGAUCCUCCAAGGAUCUGGAUGGCCCGAGCUCACCAGUGAUGACCCCACCUCACAUAUGGAGCCCAGCUGAGCUCCUGCAGUAUUUGUUGUCUGUACCACUUGCCUGGCAUUUAGUCAUUAUUGUUGUGGAAGAUAGACUCAGAGACAGCACCCCUUGGUGAUCCUCGCCUCUUGGUAUUAAUGCCCUUGUGUGGUACCCUUUCCUUGAAUAUGAGUAGGAUCUGUGACUUGUUUCUAAUCAAUGGAAUAUGGCAAAGGGGAUAGGGUGUCACUCUGGCAACUGUGUUCAUUGUAUUGGACUCCUCCUCAUUGGCCAACUCACUUAGAGCCCCUCCUAGGAGCCAAGAGCAGCCUCCAGCCAACAAGAAGCAGAGGCCCUCAGUCUUGUGGCUGCAAGAACUUGAAUUCUGCCAACAACCCAAGUGACCUUGGAAGCAGAUUCUUCCCCAGCUGAGCCAGAUGAGAACCCACUUCAGCCAACACCUUGAUUACAGUCUUGUGAGUCCCCAAGCUGAGGACCCAGCAAAGCUGUGCCAAAAUUUCUGACCCACAGAAACUGUGAGACAAAAAAUGUGUGUGGUUUUAAGGCAGUAAAUUUGUGGCAAUUUUUAUGGAGCCAUGGAUAAUGAAUACAACUAUAUAUUAGUCAUCUGUGCAUAAGCCUCACUUCUUUGGGUGAGCAGGGACCAUACUGUCUGUGUCCUCAUGUCUAGAACAGUGUCUGGCUCACAGGUGGUGUUCAAUAAAAUUUUAAAUGUAUGUAUAAAUGAAUUAAUUAGAAAGCAAAAGGGCCCUUCUUAAUCCUCUGUUUAAAAGGAUCCAUCAAUUACCAUUUAAUUAGUAUUUAUUGAGCCCUCGAUGAAGUAGUCAAUACCGUACUGUGAGGUAUAAGGAAUAAAACAUGCCCACAAGAAUAAAACAAGCCAUGUGGUGGCGCAAAGAGUGAAAACUACGGAGUCAGACUUGAGUUUAGGUCUCGGUCCUGACAACUCAUUCCUCUGUAACCUUGGGAAAGAACACCCCUGAAGUGGCAACUAGCAGUUCCUGCAUCCCAGCUGAAGCUAAUGUCACCAACAGAACUUGUACCAGGAGUGGGAGGAGAAUGGCAGUCCACAGGGUCCCUCCAGAGGAGAGAAGUUCGUUAUACUGAAGACGCCUGCCAGGCCCCCUAUGGCUCCUUCUGACGUGACCACAGAUGAUCGGGCCAAGGGUGGGUGUCUCAACAGCAGAUGGUUGGCCAGCCGAGUCUGUGAGGUCACCUGUCAAGAAAGGCCUUAUCAAAGAGGGACAAUAGUAAUUAACUAAAACCAUCAGUUCCUCUUGGAGAUUCAGAAGGGACCUACGGUGAAGGUGUCAUCAGUUGGCAAGGAGAGCAGACACAGAGAAUCAGAGCUGCAUGCACAGUCACCAUGUAUUGGAGCAGGUGUCCACCACCCAUGCUGCUGAGAGGCCGCAGGAAGACCCAGUCUUCACACUGCCUUGGACCUCGAGCCCCCUUCUUACCAGUAGGUCUUGGGCACACAACAUGCCACUGCAUAAUGGUCAUGAGCACAGACUCAGGAGCCGAAGCACCAGAAUUCAAAUGCUGGCUCUGCUACUAACUAUCGGCUGAUUUGAGACCAGCUGCUCGACCUUCACGUCUCAGUUCUCUUAAGUACGAAAUGGGGAUAUUGAUAACAGCACCUACCUCCCAGGGUGGUUGUGAGGAUUAAACGAGAUAGUAUAUUACAAAUAUUUAUUAUGGGGUUUGGCCAAAAUGAGUUCUACGUAUGUUAUUGUUAUCAACAUUUUUUGAAUCUCUAGUUCUUCCUACAGGAAGGAGUGGUGACCCCACCAACUCACUCACCCCUGACAUAGCUUCUCAUGAGAUCUGGCUCAUGGUGGAAAAUCCCAUUUUCCUUAUUUCUGUACCUGUUCUUAUAAUAAACUUACCUAUCAUUAGAA